AUGGCAACCAAGCGUGAUGGUACCAAAGCCGCCUCGAAAAAGGCUGUUUGGUGGGACGGAGGAAUUCACGCUCGAGAAUGGAUUAGUCCAGCAACAGUCAUCUACAUUGCUUAUACUCUUCUGUCAAAGUAUGGCCAAGACCCGACCAUUACGCAUCUAGUUGAUCAAUUUGAUUAUUAUAUUUUGCCUGUAUUCAAUGUUGAUGGCUAUGCAUAUACAUGGACAAAAGAUCGUUUAUGGCGCAAGACUCGUAGCAAAACAUCGGUUCCGCUGUGUUAUGGUGCGGAUCCGAAUCGUAAUUGGGAUUAUCAUUGGUGUGAAAGUGGUGCUUCGCAUGAUCCUUGUUCGGACACUUUCUGUGGCGAAAAAGUAUUUUCCGAAAUUGAAACAGCUCAAGUAGCGAAAUUCAUCACUGAUCAACAAAAUACAAUUGUGCACUAUAUCAAUUUUCAUUCGUACUCACAAUUGUGGAUGUCACCAUGGGGUUAUACAACAUUGAGACCACCACAAUUCAAAUUACAAGAUGAUGGAUCUAUCCAAGCUGUCAACGCACUCCGUGCUGUACAUGGAACCCAAUAUCAGCAUGGCGCCAUUGCUCAAAUCAUCUAUGUUGCAUCGGGUAGUACAGCCGAUUGGACCUAUGGCGUAGCUAAUGUAACAUUUAGUUAUGGUGUCGAACUUCGUGAUACCGGUAAAUAUGGAUUUUUGCUUCCUGAAGACCAAAUCAUUCCAACUGGUGAAGAAACAGUGGCUGGCCUAGUAGCUUUACUUCAGUACAUUGAAAAACAAGUCUACGCUUGA